AUGGGUCUUGUCCAAUUCGAAGAUGGAAAAGUCCUUUAUUAUCCAUAUACGCCAUCGCGAUCAGCUGGUUUUGCCUUUGUGGCACUGUUUACAAUUAUUACUGUCGCGCAUAUUGGUGGCGUAUUCUACUUUCGAACACGAUACAUGAUCCCGCUAGUAUUGGGUGGUAUAUGUGAACUUUUCGGUUAUUAUGGUCGCGCAUGGGGUGGAGAAAACCCAAACUCGCCAAAGCCUUUUAUGCUUCAGCUCAUGCUCAUCUUGGUCUCUCCCGUAUUCAUCGCCGCAACAAUGUACGUGACACUGGGACGACUCAAGGAAGGAAUCCUCGCGCAGCCCAGGAGGCGAUGUAGCCCGACCACGCUGUUUAUUCUCACCGACAUUAUUGCCUUUUGCACGCAAAUCGGCGGCGGUCUGGUGCAGGUGACUGGAAGCCUAAAGAUUAUGCACAUUGGAGACCGCGUGGUACUCGGUGGUCUCGCUUUCCAGCUCGUGGUCAUGGCUAUUUAUCUGAUCCUCGUGGUGCGCUUCUACCGCCAGGCGAGCCAGACUGCCAUUGUCGACGCUCCGUGGAAGCGUCACGUUAUCGCGCUCGGCGUCUGCGUUGUCAUGGUCUGGGUCCGAAAUCUCGUCAAGGCGAUUGAGUUUGCUCAGGGCUUCUACGGAUUCGUCAGUCAACACGAGGCGAUGCUAUACGUGUUUGAUGCUGCGCUCAUGCUCGGCGUCAUGAUUAUCUUUUUGGUACUGCAUCCGGGUGUGCUGCUUCGCCAAAUCGACCGCAGUCAAGCGUCACAUAAACAUUAUAACAUGGAGCCGCUUCGAGAAGCCUCCGUACCUUAUCAAUAA